CAAGUCAUAUUCCUCCUCUUCCAAAGAAACCCGAAAUUACUCGAGGUUUGGAUUAUAUUUACAAGUGUCAAAAAAGCCAUAGCGAUGACUGGUGUUGCAACUGUGGUUCUGCAAAGGCCAGUAAAAAGGCCGUGAAUAAACAAAAAUACAUUAUUGAUGCAUCGGCACCUUCUCAGGAUAAGAUUUUUGACUCAGCAGCUUUUGAAAAAUUUCUUCACGAUCGAGUGAAAAUUAAUGGUCGUACAGGUCAAUUAGGUGAACUUGUCACAAUAUCUCGUAGCGAAGAUCAUAAAAUUACAAUCACCACCAAUUCUCAUGUUUUUUCCAAGCGAUAUAUGAAAUAUCUUACUAAAAAAUUUAUGAAACAACAUCGUAUUCGUGACUGGUUGCGUGUUGUUGCUACUGAUUCGAACACGUAUCAAAUAAGAUACUUUAACAUUAGUAACGACGUUGAGGACGAAGAAGAAGAAUAA